ACUGGACUCUUUCCCUCUCUGCUCGCAGGUACGAGGCGGGCCGGCACAGCAACAAGACGUGCCGCUACAACCAGAACGAGGGCUACGUGGUGUUCUCGGCCAUGGGCUCCUUCUUCGUGCCGCUGGUCGUCAUGCUGUACGUGUACGCCAAGAUCCACUGCGUGGUGGCGCGGCGGCACGACCACCUCAGCGCCUGGGACUCCAAGCAGACGUCGCGCAAGCUGCGGGACGUGACCCUGGACGUGCGCUCGCCCGUGCCGUGCUCCUACUCGAGUGGCUCCGGCGGGCAGCCCGCGGGCGCCGCCACGCAGCUGGGCCAGGCCGUCGACGUGGACGUGUCCAACUCGCGGUCCGGCGUGCGGCGCUGCCAGAAGUGCUGCCGGGCCUCGUGCGCGGCCAGCCAGAUACCCGGUCAGGUGGCGAGCCUCAACGGCAACCUGGCCUCGCAGAGCAGCAGAACGAUCGCGGGCAGCGGAUCACUGGGGGCGCUGAGCACGUCGUGCCUACCGGCUACCCCGCCCAGCAACGAGCCAGCAGACCUCAACCACCACCAUCACAACCACCACCACCACCACCAUCACCAGCACAAGCGCCAGCACACGUACGCCGGGGUGUCCGCGGGCGGCCCCAGGGUGUCGUCGUUCCGCCGCGCCGAGUCCAAGACGGCCAAGACGCUGUGGAUGCUGGUGGGCGGCUUUGUGGCGUGCUGGCUGCCCUUCUUCGUCGUGUACAUCAUCACGCCCUUCCUGCCGCACGAGUCCGUGUCCAAGGGGCUGCAGCUGGGCCUCACCUGGCUCGGUAUGUUGAUGCCUUUUCUCUGCGCCCUUUCCCCCAGUGCCUCUCCCAUCCCCAUCUCCUCCCCCAACCCCCUGGAAUGUGUUAGGUAAUACGUUAUGCAGACG